UGGAACACUGCUUCAGCACGGCUUGAUACAGAACACAGCCAUGUCCUCUUGUCGCCAUAGAAAUAACUGACAACAAAGAGGAGUCCGUGAUGAACCGCUCUCGAGAGGCAGGCGCGCGAGGAUAGACUUAAAAACGCGUCCAUUUAAGUCAGAAGUACCGUAAAGGCACCGAGUCGCUCUGGACCGCUCCGCUGUGGUCAGUAUGGACUUUGCCCGGAUGCAGAGCAGCCCACCCUUCCACUACACGCUCCGGGCUUCCGGGCAGAGUGAGGUUUGGCGCGAUUUCACCGACGAAGCCAAGUUCCGUCAGUACGGGUGGCGCUGCUCCACGACCGAGGACGCGUAUUCCCCCGCUACCCUCAUCGGAAACUGGGCCGAGAAGAGGUUCGACACUCGUCGUGCCAGAGAAUUACGGCGCCCCCUGCCGUCGCAGUUCUCUCACUACUUUGAGACUACAUACUCCUCUGCCUACUACAAGGAAGACAAACGGCCAGUUUACAGCACUGUGAAGAGAGAGCCCAGAAGCUUCCCUGGUCAUCAGCCUGAACUGGACCCUCCCCACACCAAGAGUGUGCCAAACUCCUGCUACAGACUGGACUUCAGCCGGCAUGGGCCAAAUAGUAGCUCAGCUGCACCCAGUCCAGAGCUCCCGCUGAAGGAAGAAGGAGCUAGUGACUUAUAAAACAGCUCUUUCUUUUCAUUCUUUUAAGUGUGUGUGUGUGUGUGUGUGUGUGUGU